CUCUCAGCGGUUCAGGUCGUAGCUUGGCACGAACGGUAUUCCACCAAUGCUGUCAAGUACCUAUGUUAUUCUUUGAAUUCUGCAAUAAAUCAGUUAGACCGUUUCCUUGACAAUUUCCCCCACAAAGUCAUCGAUGAUGUCUCGCUGCAUCAGCAACUAAACCUUUCCGUCCUGGGACAAGUGACAGCUCUAAAUACUUUGUUGUUAUCUAAAGUAUGGCCUGUGUUAAGAGCCGUGCCUACCACUAAAAAGUCUCUUUCUUCUCUUAAAACCAUUAGUGUAUCGUCCAUA